AUGUUAGAAAUUUACCAAGGCAACUGUGGCCAAGUCAUAGAUGUCUUAAGUAUUCGUUAUAAGUACAUAACUCUCACUUGUGAUACAUACUUCAGAUAUAUGUCAGACUUAUCUGUGGCCUGUCAAGAUAAAAUGAAAGGUCAAUGGUGCCAGGAACUUAAGUACUGGUAUUUUAGGGAAUGGGCACCAGCGGGGGGUCGUGCGGGCCAGCAGACUCAGACGUGUGUGUGCACCAGCCUGUACGACUACGAGGCUCAGGGGGACGACGAGCUCAGCCUCCGUCGCGGGGAGAUCAUCGAGGUCCUCAGUCAAGACGUCAAGAUCUCCGGGGACGAAGGCUGGUGGACGGGGAAGAUCAAUGGAAAGGUGGGCAUCUUCCCGUCCAACUUCGUGGCGGAGGUGCAGAACAUCAAAGACGUGGAGCCGGUGGAGAUCGACUUCCAGGAGCUGGAGCUGGAGGAGGUGAUCGGGGUCGGGGGCUUCGGCAAGGUGUACCGCGGCCUGUGGCGGGGGCAUGAGGUGGCGGUGAAGGCGGCGCGGCAGGACCCCGACGAGGACAUCAGCGUCACCAUCGAGAACGUGAGGCAGGAGGCCAAGCUGUUUUGGCUGCUCAAGCACGUGAACAUAGUGGCGCUGAAGGGCGUGUGCCUGGUGGAGCCCAACCUGUGCCUGGUGAUGGAGUACGCGCGGGGCGGCUCCCUCAGCAGGGUCCUGCAGCAGACCAAGAGCAUCGGGCCGUCCGUGCUGACCGACUGGGCCAUCCAGAUCGCCCGCGGGAUGAACUACCUCCACAACCAGGCGCCGAUCACGCUCAUCCACCGGGACCUCAAGUCAUCCAAUG